CACUGGCGCCCACGGGUCCUCCUUCCAGGAGCGAGCGCACCUCUCUCGUGUUAGAGGCUCCGGAACCGCGCGGGGGCGGGCGGGGCCGCGCCGAGGUUGUGGGUGGGGCAGCCGGGGCUCGGCGCGCCGGGCCCGGGUCCGGCUCCGAGCGGGGUGGCUGCGCUGCGCGCCUGGCCGCGCGAGUCUGUCUCCGCCACCGCCCCGCCGGCUCCGGAUUGUUCGGCUCCGCUCCUCCCCGCCCGCCACACGCCCCGUCCGCGCGGAGCCUCCGGCCCGCGGGCCGACACGCUAUGGGCGCCCACCCGCGCGGUGUUCGCUCCGCGAAGCUCUCGCCGCUCCCGGCUGCGCCGCUGCUGCUUUUGCUUCUGCUGCCAGUGGCCAGCACCUCCGAUGCCGAGCAUCGCCUGUUUGAGCGCCUGUUUGAAGAUUACAACGAGAUCAUCCGGCCAGUGGCCAAUGUGUCUGACCCGGUCAUCAUCCAGUUUGAGGUGUCCAUGUCUCAGCUGGUGAAGGUGGAUGAAGUAAACCAGAUCAUGGAGACUAACCUGUGGCUCAAGCAAAUCUGGAACGACUACAAGCUGAAGUGGAACCCGUCCGACUACGACGGGGCCGAGUUCAUGCGCGUCCCUGCGCAGAAGAUCUGGAAGCCAGACAUUGUACUAUACAACAAUGCUGUUGGGGAUUUCCAAGUGGACGACAAGACCAAAGCUUUACUCAAGUACACGGGGGAAGUGACUUGGAUCCCCCCAGCCAUCUUUAAGAGCUCGUGCAAAAUCGACGUGACCUACUUCCCGUUUGAUUACCAGAACUGCACCAUGAAGUUUGGUUCCUGGUCCUAUGACAAGGCAAAAAUCGACCUGGUCCUGAUUGGCUCCUCCAUGAACCUCAAGGACUACUGGGAGAGCGGCGAGUGGGCCAUCAUCAAAGCCCCUGGUUACAAGCACGACAUCAAGUACAACUGCUGCGAGGAGAUCUACCCAGACAUCACCUACUCGCUCUACAUCCGGCGCCUGCCUCUGUUCUACACCAUCAACCUCAUCAUCCCCUGCCUGCUCAUCUCCUUCCUGACUGUGCUCGUCUUCUACCUGCCUUCCGACUGCGGUGAGAAGGUGACCCUCUGCAUCUCAGUGCUCCUCUCCUUGACUGUGUUUCUCCUGGUGAUCACUGAGACCAUCCCGUCCACCUCGCUGGUGAUUCCCCUGAUCGGCGAGUACCUGCUCUUCACCAUGAUCUUUGUAACCUUGUCCAUCGUCAUCACCGUCUUCGUGCUCAACGUGCACUACAGGACCCCGACCACCCACACGAUGCCCGCGUGGGUGAAGACCAUUUUCUUGAACUUGCUUCCCAGGGUCAUGUUCAUGACCAGGCCAGCAAGCAACGAGGGCAACACUCAGAGGCCAAGACCCUUCUAUAGUGCUGAGCUCUCAAACCUGAAUUGCUUCAGCCGCGUAGAGUCCAAGGUCUGCAAGGAAGGCUACCCCUGCCAGGACGGGCUGUGCGGCUACUGCCACCAUCGCAGGGCAAAAAUCUCCAAUUUCAGUGCCAACCUCACGAGAAGCUCCAGUUCUGAAUCUGUCGACGCUGUGCUGUCCCUCUCUGCUCUGUCACCGGAAAUCAAAGAAGCUAUCCAAAGUGUCAAGUACAUUGCUGAAAAUAUGAAAGCACAAAAUGAAGCCAAAGAGAUUCAAGACGAUUGGAAGUAUGUUGCCAUGGUGAUUGAUCGUAUUUUUCUGUGGGUUUUUAUCCUGGUGUGCAUUUUAGGGACGGCAGGAUUGUUUCUACAACCCUUGAUGACCAGGGAUGAUGCAUAAGAACUAAACUGUGUGUUAUUAUGAGGUUAUUCGUGGGUGUUGAGGGAGAGGGGGCUCACUUUUUAAUUUAUUUUUCGCUGUGGUAAAGUACACUUAGCAUAAAAUCUACCAUCUAAACCACGUUUAAGUCCACAGUUCAGUGGUAAAUAUAUUCACAUUGUUAUGUAACAUCACCACCAUCCCACCCAACUCUAGACCAGUUAAACAAUCACCCCCCAUUCUCCCCAGCAACCACCAUAAUACUGUCUUUAUGAUUUUGACUAAGCUAAGUACUCAUGUAAGUGCAAUCACACAGUAUUUGUCUUUUUGUGACUGGCCUGUUUCAUGUUGCAGAAUGUCCCUAAGGGUUCAUCCGUGUUGUAGCAUAUUGCAGAAUUUCCUUACUUUUUAAGGCUAAAUAAUACUCAGUUGCAAGUAUACACAUUUUAUUGUCCAUUUAUCUGUUGAUGGACACUUGGGUUGCUCCCAGGUUUUACCUGUUGUGGAUAAUGCUGCUACCAACAUGGGUGUACAAAUCUCUCUUCUGUACCUUGCUUUCAAUUCUUUUAGGGAUAUACCAAGAAGUGGAAUUGUUUGAUCAUUUGUUAAUUCUAUUUUUAAUUUUUUGAGGAACUGCCAUUCUGUUUUCCACCAGGGCUAUGCCGUUUUACAUUCCCAUCAACAACGCACGAGUUUCUCCAAUCCUCAUCGUACUUAUCGUUUUCUUUUUGUUUUUUGUUUUUUUUUGACAAUAGCAAACCUACUGGUUGUGAAGCGGUAUCUCAUUGUAGUUUUGAUUUGCAUUUCUCUAAUUAUUAGUAAUUUUGAGCAUUCUUCAUGUGUUUAGUGGCCAUUCUUAUGUCUUCUUUGGAGGAAUGUCUUCAAGAUCUUUGCCCAUUUUUGAACUGGGUUGUUUUUUAAGUUUUAGGAGUUCUCUUUAUAUUCUAGAUAUUAAUCCUUUAUCAGAUACAUGAUUUGCAAAUAUUUUCUCCCAUUCUGUGGGUUGUCAUUACUGUUGAUAGUAUCUUCUGAUGCACAAAUUUUUAAAAUUUUCAAGAAGUCCAAUUUGUCUGUUUUCAUUUACCUGUGCUUUUUUGUGUCAUAUCCAAGAAACCACUGCCAAAUCUAAUGUCAUAAAGCAUUUGUCCUGUUUUCUUCUGAGAGCUUAAUUGUUUUAGGUCUUAACAUGUAAGCUUUUUCUUAAUAGAGGUUCCUAUCAUCACACUACUGGCUUUGCUUUUGGCAUUUCAAAGCUUACUUAUUAUCCAGUUGUCUUGACUUUUGUUAAAAAAAAAAGAUUCACGCAAGAAAAAUGUCAAGAGUAUUAUAGGUAAAUGAACAUUUAACCAGCCUUUGGAUUAGGUAAAAAAAAUGUCAAAGUAUAAUUCUUCUACAGUGAUAAGUAGCAUGCUGUGCUAUGGACUAUGUAAAAAUGGACUAAUUACAGAAACUGUAGGGGGUUUUUUAGUGGUGGAAACAUAGCUGGAUGAGAAAAAAGAAAAACUUUGCUGUUCAGAAAUGGGAAGAAUUGUCAGGUUCAGCAUCACAACAGAUUUCCCAAUGGUUUUCUUAUUUAGCUCAUGAUCUCCUUGAAGUUUAUAUCAUUUCAGCAAGACCUCACUACUAUCAUUUCUUACCAUGCACUUUUUUUUUAUCUUUACUGUUUUUCAAGAGUCCUAGGACCAUGCCCCCAUUUUGAAUAGCCUUAUUUAUCUUGCAUAAUUCUAAAUGAUUAAGAGAGAUUAUAUCCAUCCAUUCCA